AUUAAGAAAAUAUGAAAUAAUAACAAAACGCCAUUUUUUUUUCUCCAUUUUUUAACAAUUAAUUGAAAUUGAAAAAAAAAUCAUCCAGCGCUAUCAAUCACAUUUACAGUGCCCUGCCCAAAGUCUCGGUCGUAUCUCUGCGCUCAAGUACCGUUGUAAUCGGUACGAUAUUAUGUAGAUAGUGCGACGGAUACGCGGUCACAUCGAUAACGAGAACACGGGGCGUCGAGCGGAAUCGUCGUCGUUGCGAUUGUCUUGCAUCGUACUCGGCGUUCGGUUUUGCACGUUCUGCGAUCUGAUCGGAAGCUCCAUAAUCGAGUGAAAUUUAAAAAUCUCAAGAUAAUAAUAAUAAUAUUAACAUGUCCGUGAUCGACAGUGGUGGUUAUACAGACGACCAACAGCAUCAGCAACAACUUCAGCAGCAGCAGCAGCAACAGCGACAACAUCAACAACAACAGCAUCGUCGACAUCAACAACACCACCACCACCAUCAACAACACCAACAACAACAACAACAACAACGACUGCAAGCAGUGGUGGUUACGACGGCAGACGAACGUGGCGGCGGUGGUGGCCGGCAGCGUCAUUCGGAAAAUGUCGCCGAGCAGACGGACAUGGCCGAGACCGGUACGAGGGCCACCGACGUCGUAGUCGUCACCACCGCCGACGCGGUGAAAGAAAACCGCAACGGACCGCCGCCGCCGUCGUCGUCGUCGUCGGACGUCUCCGUGUCGGCCGCUACGUACGCCACGGCCGCAGCCGAACACGUCGCCUCGUCUCAAGUACAAGUGUCCUCCAUACCCGUCGGACAGCUCAUUAACGUGUCGGCCGCUGGCACGUUCAACGUUAUUACCGCUGACUCUUUGCAGCUUUCUGAAUCGAAUGAUUUCAAACCUCUUUUGUGUGUGGAUAACAGUUGUUUAAAUUGUGAUACACGUACUCAGGUUGAUGGUGAUACCUGGCGAACAGUAGUUCGAGCUGAAGAUGGCACUUUUAAAACUGCUCAUAUUGUACUUAGACCAGACAACUCGACCACUAAUAAUGUUCACGAAGAAGAAACUGAUCAAGGAGUAUCAUCUCCUAAUACUGCACCUUGCUAUUCAUAUACUGAAGCUGCUAGGUUGCCAGUAUUACCAGUCCGGUGUAAAACCACUAAUGCAGAACUCCAUAAGAAAAAAUUUGGUUCUGGCUGCCGAGGAAAGUGUAUUAAGUUUGGAAACCAAUGGUACACACCUAGUGAGUUUGAAGCCCUUUGUGGCAGGGCUUCUAGCAAAGACUGGAAAAGAAGUAUACGAUUUGGCGGCCGUAGUCUGCAAACAUUAAUAUAUGAUGGAGUUUUACUACCACACGCUAUGAGUUGUACAUGUGCAGCUUGUUGUGAUGACGAAUCUGCUACUGGCCCUGUACGACUGUUCACACCUUACAAAAGAAUACGUACAAAAAAACAUUCGUCUAGUCAUUCAAAAAAGAAAAAGAUCGAAGAUGGUGCCGCUAUUAGUAAUGAUGAAGAUAGUUGUGAUAGCAGUGUAGGUAUAUCAUUAGACAAUGGUGAUAUGGAUAUUAAAGAUGAAGAACCCAUACUUAUACAAACAGGCGAUAUUUCUCAAGCUGAAAUUGUACAAUCAAAUGAUUCAAUUGAAGAUAUGUUUAAAAAGUUAGAAAAUAUGUCUUCGAGAAUGAUAAAAAUGGUUCAUCAUUUUCGUAACUCUAUGCGUGUUGCCAAGUACAAAUGGAGUACGGAAAAACAGGAAUUGUUAGCAGAACUUAAGAGAGCCAAAGAAAAUUCUAUAGAAAAUAGGAAUGAUUUUGAUGUGGAGACAAUUUCAAGUGUGGCAGCAGGAUUACAGCCUAGUACUGAUGAUAUACCGGAUGUUAAAAAGUGUGCCAAUUGCAAUAGAGAUGCAUUUGCUGAGUGUUCAUUGUGUCGACGUACACCAUAUUGCUCUACAUUUUGUCAAAGUAAAGACUGGAACAAUCAUCAAGUGGAGUGUGAUAAUUCACAGGGGAGCAUUAUGCUCAUUGUACAAACUCAAGAAUGAAACAUAUUUUAGAUUCUUCAUGUUAUUUCUAAUCUGUUUUUACAAUUCCUAAUGUUUUUUUUGUAAUGAGUAACCUAGUUUAGAUUAGUAAUUUUAACUAUCAUCAUAGAGUGGAAUGUUUGUUAAAGAUAAGUGAAUGUUAAAGUUGACCAACAAAAUUGUUUUAAGUUUAAAUUACAAAUGUAUUCAUAUUUAUUAUUUUAAAAUUGAUGUAAAUAUAAAAACGAAGCAGAAUGAUUAUUACAUAAACAUUAUUUUGUAAUUAAUGACUGAUAAUAUACAUUUUGAAUAUAA